CCAUUUAACAGUCAGCAACUAAACAAAUUCAAACAGAGACGUUAUUCAGAAGUCCGUUAAAUCAUUUGUUGCCUUCGGCUUCGUUUUAGGAACAUCUCCUUAAGCAGUUUUUGAUUGACCCAAGGAUAAAAAUUACAAUGGCAUUAAGAAAUCGAACUGCAGUUACGAAUAUCCUGAAUCAGGAGAACACGAAAAAUGCUAAAUCAACAGCACUUGGUGUACCAAAGCCAUCGAGAAGACCAGCUUUGGGUGAAAUAGGAAAUAAAGUAACAAUUCAUCGGGGUGUUGAUCCAAUUCACAAAUCAAGUUUAUUGCCUGCUAAUGGACAAAAGAAGCCAACAUUAAAGGAACAAUGCAAUAAAGAAACGGAGAAGGACAAAUUACCAGUUCAAGUUGUAAAACCAGUGGUAAAAACUGAUGUUAUCUCUGAAAUAAGAAAAGAAGUUGAAUUAAGAAAGGAAGUUGAAUCUUUUUCAUCUGACCUCUUAGAAGUUGAGGAUAUCGACGAGGAUGACAAAGAGAAUCCCAUUCUAGUGUCAAUUUACAGCAAUGAUAUUUAUGAUUAUCUUAGAAAAUUAGAAAGGGAAUAUCCUGUGAAGAAAGGUUUUUUGGCCGGACAGGAGGUUACGCCAAAAAUGAGGCUAGUUCUUGUUGACUGGCUUGUUGAAGUUCAUCAACAAUUUCGCUUGAUGCAAGAAACACUUUAUCUAACCACUUCUAUCAUCGAUCGCUUUUUGCAGGCGUUCUGCUCGAUAGAUAAAAAAAGAUUGCAAUUAGUAGGAGUCACUGCAAUGUUUAUAGCAAGCAAAUACGAAGAAAUGUACUCUCCAGACAUUAGUGAUUUUGUUUACAUCACUGAUAACGCAUACUCGAAAAUGGAAAUUCUUCAAAUGGAAAUGCUAAUUGUUAGAACGCUAAACUACUCCUUCGGAAAACCUCUCCCUCUUCAUUUUUUGAGGCGGUACAGCAAAGCUGGAAAGGCUCUUGGAAUUCAUCAUACGAUGGCUAAGUAUUUUUUGGAGCUGAGUAUUGUAAAUUAUGACACAAGUCACUACCAUCCUAGUUUAAUUGCAGCAGCUGCUAUUUAUCUGUCUUUCUUUGUUAUUGGAAAUGAAGAGUGCGACGAGGGAAAACAAAUUUGGACAUCAACAUUGAGGUAUUAUACAACAUACAAAAGGGAAGAGGUUUUGCCUGUGGUGCAUGAGAUUGCCUCAAUUGUAUUGGAAGCAGAAAAAAGCAAGUACCAAGCCGUGAGAAAGAAGUAUACAUUAACAAAACACAUGAGAGUAAGUUUACGAACAGAACUCAAAUCGCCAACAAUGAUUGCAUUGGCAAAGAAAAAGCAGGCUUGAAAGUGUAAUAUAUUUAUAAAUAUACAUAUUAAAUUGAGUUUAGUUUUUUUAAAAAAAAAUGAAGAAUAAGGGAUACGACAGAUAAACUCUUAUAUGAAUUUUAAAUAGGUAAUGUUCAAUACCUUAGUCAAUAUUUCACUGCAUGCAAAAUUGAACUAUUCACGAAAUUGUUUCGUUUAAAGAAACAAAAUUAUAUCGUGAAGAAAAUAAUUUUUUCUUUCCCCUAAUUGUAGUUUGUUAGAUAGAGAAACGGUGUAUUUAGAUUCCUACUUACAAUAGAAUUUUUCGGUAAUUUGACAUUUAGAAAAAAAAAACUGCGAAGCUGUUUACUUUUAAUUAUAUAAAUUUUUUCCAGCCUUAAUACAUCGACGAUUUUAAAAUUAUUUUUUAAAUAGCUAUUCUCAACCCUAUUUUUCAUACACUUUUUGCAAAAAAAAUGUUAAUGAAAGAAAAUCUAUGAAUUUCUGUUCUAAUGGAAAGUGUUUCUGUUAAGUUUCUUCUUAAGCGAAGAUAGCUUGAUUGCUUUUUUUAAAUAAUAUAACGUGCUUAUGAAAAGCAAAUAUGUGUGUUUGAGAAAGAAAAAGAAAAAAGUAAUUCGAUAGUCAUUAAUUAGAGUAUCUGGCGUUUUGACGUGAGACACAGUUUUUUUUCGUAUUUUUAAUUAUCUAAAUAUUAGAAAUAAUGACUUUAGUUUGCUAACGUCGGUGAUAUGAGGCUAGAGACUGAUCUAUCGAUGGAUUACCGAGUUUUAAAUUUCGACAAAACUAUUCUAUCUUAUUUUUUUUUAAUGAAUUUGGCACUAUUUGAAAGAAAAUAAACUUUCACUGUCGAUAGUUAACUCUCACUAGCCACAGCACGCAAUUUUUGUUUAUUUUAUUUUUAUAUAGAUAUAUAUUGUAUAUUGUCAAAAAAAAAAAAUAAUAAAUAGAUUUUAAGAAUGUGGCAAAUAUAUAUAUUGCACCUUGAAUAAAUUUAAAUGAAGCUAUGCCAUGCGUUGUACGCUUUAAAAAUUACAGAUGAAUUGAAAAUGACAAAAUGUAAAAUUAGAAAAGGCAUAGCAAAAAAAAAAAAAAAUUAAAAAAAAAUCUUAUGCUAAGGAAAAAAAGAGAAAAUAUUAAUAACGAGAGGAUAACUACAUGUAAAGCGUUUCUUUGAUUUUAUUCAUAGUCAAUUUUUCGUAAUACUAUCGACCGACUGACCUUUAUAAUAUUCUAGGUAUGAAAACUAUUUCGUCUGCCAUUUUGUAAAUAAAUUCAUCAUCUAUCAAAA